AUGUUUUUAUUUCAGGUGGUAGAAGAAUCUUUAUGUCCUCGUGGUCUGUGUGUCCCGUGCACGGAUACCGCCAUCAACGCUUUCGAGUUCCGUGUCUUGGUUAGGAAUUCGCGGAGAAUGUGGUCCAACUGCUUAGACGGCUUGGAGGGUGUAACAGAAUUUAACAACACCCCUCACUCUUUUUACACAAUUAUGAGGAAUGACCUCUCAGUGCUAACCGCAAAUGAAUUCUCAGGUGACUCUAAAUCUCUCGUGAAUCGACUGUCAAAGAAGAGAGCUGUUGUUACGGAGAAAAAACCCCGGACGGCACGUACAGGACCAAACUGUGACUGUACUGAUUGUGGAAAGAGUUUCCUCAGUCCAUAUUAUUUAAAUGUGCACUUGAAAAAUAGUGGACAGAAAGAAGCUUGUAUAACAUGUGGAGCUGUGCUAUUCAGGGGGUUGCAGAUGAAGGAGCAUCUUCAGAAAGUACAUGGAGAAAAAGUCCACCUUUGCAGGGACUGUCCAAUGUUAUUCACCGAUGAAAAUCAAUUGAUGACGCACGCGAAAAUGGCACAUAGACCAGGUGCUUUGACUUGCGGUGAUUGUGGACGGACCUUCUCGAGAACCGCGUCGUUUGAAGUACAUUCACAAAUGCACGCCGUUCGAACUUGCAGAGCGUGCGGAGCUCAGUUCACAAACCGAGGCUGUUACAGAGAACAUCGAUCGAAGUGCGAGCCGGAAGCAAAGCCGGAUUUAAAGUUAGUGCCAAGAAGUCGCCGCUCCAACAUACGCGAUCCAGCAACCUUCAUAUGCGACCACUGUGGAAAAAUAUACCACUCGAGACCGCAACUCAAAAAUCACAUUGUUUGGAUCCAUAUGGAUGUCAGGCCUCACCAGUGCCAAUGGUGUGGGAAAAGGUUUUACACGCCAACUCGUUUGGCAGAGCACAGCGUCGUACACACUCGAGAACGGAACUUCGGGUGUGACAUUUGUGGCGCGAAACUAGUAUCAAAAAUGGCGGCCGUUUACCACAGACGUAGGCACACGGGUGAAAAGCCGUACGAGUGUGAGGAAUGCGGGGAGAAAUUCAUAUCAUCGUCACGUCGUUCGGAGCACGCGAAACGGAGGCACGGCAAGGGUGUUAGGAUGCAGUGUAUGGAAUGUCCGGCCAAUUUCGUGAGGAGUCACGAGCUGAGGAAGCAUAUAGAUAAAACACACAAGAUCCACGAUGCACAGUUUAUGGUCGAUGUAAAGGGGUAG